AUGGGCGAGCAGCUGCUGCCAGCGUGGCUGCUGCUGCCCGGCCUCCUGCUUGCGGCCUCCGGCGUGCGCACGGCCACCGCCUUCCCGCCUGGCUGCUACCCUGCCGAGGAGGGCGGCCUCAAGACGUUCCGCUGCAGCCACGCGCGCCUCACCGAGGUCCCUAAGGACAUUCCCAACGACACCCACAAGCUCUAUCUGGACUCCAACCGCAUCCCCUUCCUGCCCCGCGAUGCCUUCCGGGACCUGCCGCUCCUGCUGGAGCUCGACCUGUCGCACAACAGCAUCGCGGGCAUCGAGAGCGGCGCUUUCCGUGGCCUGGCCGACCACCUGCGCUCCCUGGACUUGUCUUCCAACAGGCUCGUGUCGCUCAGCAAGGAGGCUGUCGGCCACCUGAAGGCCAAGGUCAACCUCUCCGACAACCCCUGGCUCUGCGACUGCCGCCUGCAGGAGCUGAUCCGCGCCGUGGCCCUGGCCGCUGGCUCGGCGGGUGGCAUCGUGUGCGAGGCCGCCGCGCUCGAGGAGCAUGUGGGCAAGGCCUUCCUGCAGGUCAUCGCACACACGGACUUCUGCAACGCCUACAAGAGGACCACGGACAUCGCCAUGCUGGUCACCAUGUUCGGCUGGUUCGCCAUGGUGAUCUCCUACCUGGUCUACUACGUGCGGCAGAACCAGGAGGACGCGCGGCGGCACCUCGAGUACCUCAAGUCGCUGCCCAGCAAGCAGCGGCGCUCGGAGGAGUCGUCCACCGUCAGCACGGUGGUGUGAGCGCCGGCACGGGGCUGUGCUGGCUGCUGCC